AUGGAGUCAGAUGCCAAUUCUGCGCACGUACUCCCUUCCAACGAACCGUUAACGAAAUCGCGAAGCAAUACGAAGAUAGUAGACGAUGUCACGAGCCUGACAUCAUUCAAUCCAUUCUCCGAGGAAGAUGAACAUGACCAGUCUUCGUACGCUCUUGUCACCUCGCUGUUCUCCAAAGUCAAGAAUACUCUUGCUGCUCCUCUCUCUUCUGCGGCCGCGUCUGCUGUCGCUGGAAACAUACAUCAUACUCCUCAGAACCAUGCCCAAACCGCCGAUUCAAAACGACCGUCCAUCUCGAACCAUGCUUCAAACCAGUCAAGCAGGUCCUCUGUCGAUCGUCACAACCUGUUCAACGUUGCAGCCUCCAAUCCUGCGCCUCCUUUGGUCUCGCUGACGCCAGUGGUGUCAGAGACUCCGUCAUACAUCGCAGAACUGGAUCGACCUCCAUCGCGAAAUGGCUCUUUCUAUUUGCCCGACACCCCGGAUGGUGUAGUGUAUGGUACCGCUAUCCCUGGUUUCCCUAUACAAGACAGCGAUGCCAGGAGCAUCAGAACUACAGGUAGUAUCCGGAGGUCUGCGUCGGUAUCCAAAGUGAUCCGAAGGAUCCGAGGAGAAGGAUUGUCUCGAGACUACUGGAUGGACGAUGAGCUAUGCAAAGAGUGCUACGAUUGUAAGAGCGUGUUCACUGCUUGGCGGAGGAAACAUCACUGUCGUAUAUGCGGACAAAUCUUCUGCUCUCGAUGUGCUUCCAAUAUUAUCAAGGGCGCUCGUUUCGGCCACAAUGGCAUGGUGCGGGUGUGCAACCUCUGCCUAGAGAAGUUGACCAAAGUAGACGACGACGACGACGACGAUAGGCGCUCAAUAAACUCCAGCAUGACCUCUCCCUUUGCCGCUCACCAGCUGGGAGAGGCUUUGUCGUUCGCCCAUUCUCAUCAUCCACAGUCACCAUUCGCGGCCUCGCAGCUCUUCGGGCGCACAGAUGAGCCAUUCAACCUGUUUUCCAUAGCGGAAACGAAGAUAUAUCCUGGUUCUGAUGACAGUGCUCUUGCAUCGCCCCCCUCCACACCUCUUGAGGAAAUCCGCAGAGAUCGUCUCGGCCGCGAAAAUCCAGUUCCAUUUCGCAGGGCAUUAGCUGAAGAAGUCCAAGACUCAGUGGCCCUCCCUGAUAAGUUCGCAAGCGAGGACUCCCCAACUGCUCCUGGGACCAAAACACCUAUCGACUUCCCCGUCACAGUGCCGAUCUCUGCCAUUGGGUCGAUGAGUUCCGUGCAAUUUCCCGUUACCUCACCCGAUCAAGGGCAUCCGUUCGAGAGUCCAGGCAUGCUCAGGUCACGGUUCAAUUCAUACGUAGAUCUCGAAGCGCAGAGUCCGUUCAUCCGCAGUCGCGUACAGAGUGGUAUUGGAGAGCGCUUGGCAGGGCACCCUGGCUGGCGUACGCGGACAGAAAGCAUCGCAUAUGCACAGGAAUUGAACUUGAUUUCCAUGUUCCACCUGAGGAUCAUGCUCCGGCAGAUGCUGUCAGCUGAGGACAUUCCCAAUAUUGACGAAUGGGAGGAGACGCUCUUGAAACUCAGCAUGCGCAUCGCUCGCGAGUUGACAUUCACUGCUCACCCUCAGAGGCAGGGCGCCGACAUGGAUGUCCGUCGAUAUGUCAAGAUCAAAAAAAUCCCCGGUGGCGCGCCGAAGGAUUCCGAGUAUGUGGAUGGCGCCGUCAUCACCAAGAACGUCACGUAUAAGCAGAUGGCGCGGAUGCAGCGUAAUCCUCGUGUCAUGCUCGUCACGUUUCCCUUGGAGUUCCAUCGAGUGGAGGGGCAAUACAUGCACUUCGGCCAGAUCUUGCGGCAGGAGAAGGACUACCUAAACAACUUGGCUACUCGUAUUGCAGCUCUGCGGCCGCAUGUUGUUCUGGCAGAGAAGUCUGUCUCCCGGCUGGCUCUCGAUGCUCUCGCAAAACACAAGAUCGCCGUCGCCAGGACCGUCAAGCCAUCCGCCAUCGCCUUCGUUGCUCGGAUGACGCAAGGAGAUGUCUUCUCAUCCAUGGACAAGCUUGCGCUGGAGCCGCGCCUCGGACACUGCGCGCGGUUUCGCAUCCAGACGUUCGACCAUCCGCUGAUUCCCGGUCGCCGCAAGACGUACAUGCGCUUCGAGGGAUGUAACCGGGAGAUGGGCUGUACGAUUGUGCUCCGCGGUGGCGAUAUAGAUACACUUAGGCGCGUGAAGAAAGUGACGCGCUUCCUCGCGUUCAUCGUGCGCAACCUUCGGCUCGAAACUCAUUUGUGGAAGGAUUCCGUCAUCACCUUGCCGGCGCUGACGGCUGAAGCUACCCCUCCUGUUCAGUCAUCGGCUGACUUAUCAGCUCUCGAAUCGGAUGCAUCGAUGCCGUCUCAACUGACUGCUACUCUGACGCAGAAGACGCUGUCCCAAGCAAUUGUUGAUGCAACUCCACAACGACUUCCCGCAAGUGACAUAGUGGAUGAUCUGCCGGACGAAGAUGCAGAAGAAAUGCGCCUGUCGCGGCGCAUUCAGGAGUCGAUUGAACCAUAUCGGAAGACCUUCCUCUCUGUCUCGGCUACCCUUCGUUUCCCGCCUCCAUAUCCUAUCAGCCGCAUGAAGGAACUCGACGAUGAACUCACGCAAAUUAAGCGGGAAUGGGAAGACGAGGUGAUCCGUAGAGAAGAACGGGGUUCUGCGAAGCAUCAGCAGGAGGCAACCUUCACACAGCAGAGCAUCAUAUCCACGAUCACACCUGACAUGGAUGAUGUUGCGGCGCAGAUAGAGUCUCUUCCGCUCCCAGAGGUAAUCGACACGCCCAUUUCCAGUGACGAUGGCUCGACUCCUGCCGAACACACCGGAUACUUCGAAUCCCUUCUUGCAUUGCCACACAUCGCAGCACCAUCGCUUCCCCAAACACCCUCAGAGGAGCUGCCAGUCAAGGUGGUCACUGCUGAGGACAUCAGACUUGAAAGUCGCCUGAAUUAUCUGAAGUGGCAACAUGCCGAGUACCGCCGAGUGUGGGAAUGGUAUCUGCGCAAGAAUAGGGAUGACUUCGACGUGGAGAAGUACCAGUGCAUUAGUUUGUGGGAAAUCACCCUUCCCAUGACAGAGAGCGGGUUGCAUCCCGCUUGCUUUCCUCCUCGUCUAAGGUACAUCACGUUCUAUGGUGAAAAUGACUGCACUCUCGGCCACUACAUCGAGCAGGCGGCAAGAGAUGCCUUUGCGCAGUUCAUGGACGCAAAGGCAAUCUGCGAGAACAAGGCAUGCAAUCAACCCCUGGCUCGGCAUUGCACCGUCUAUGUGCAUAAUGAGACUCGUCUUCUAGUCGCAGUUGAGCAGUGGGAUGGGCAGAUCAACCAACGUUCGCUGCCUCCUGACACGAUCAUCACCUGGAGUAUCUGUUCUAUCUGCGAACAGGCCACACCAUUCAUUCCGCUGUCUCCGGAGGUACAGAGGUACUCUUUCGCCAAGUUCCUCGAGCUCCACUUCUAUCCUGCGGAUGUGCAGCUUGUGCCAGGCGCGGGCUGUCAACACAACAUUUACCGGCAUCACAUCAGAUACUUUGCCAUUCAGCAGAUGACGAUACGCUUCCAAGCAGAUCCUGUGGUCCUGCAUGAGGUUGUAUAUCCACCUAUGCGUGUACGAGUACGACCAGAGACGCAGCUCGAAAUCAAGAACAGCGAUUUUGAGCGCUUGCAUACAAGGAACAACAUGUGGUACACUGCCCUCAUCGAUGAUCUCAAACUGAUCAACAUCGACGCAGCUACUGGGGACGAGGAGGCGGAUGCGAAACUCACCAUAGAGAUCAACCAGCUCAUCAUCAGAGCUGAGUGGGAGAAGGCAGAUAUUGCCAGGCUGAUCAAUACGAUCUACAGCGAGACUGCUCCCACAGAUACUCUUGCUCUCAAUCAAAUCAGAGCCUAUAGGCAGGAUAAGAUGGUUGCAUGGCAGCAGGACUUCGAUAAGCUGCCAAAACCGAAGGUGACGCAGUUACUCGAUCGCAACAGCCGCAAAUCAUCCGCGUUUGGCUCUGUUCGUGCUAUGUUCCCUCGGAGAUCCGAGUACUAUGGUUCGCUCGAGAACGCACACAACGUUUCAGAAGCCGAGGACUACGGUCGCCUCGUCAAGAGACGGCUUACGGGAGGUUCUCUCGUGUCGACGUCGUCCACUUCUGACGCUUCGGAAUCAGAAUCGGUCAUGGACAAGACCGCGCAGCGUGCUCCCACCGAAACGGCCCCGUCGACCAUCGGCGAUCAGCUGCCUACGGCUAGUUGCGCGGAGUUGGAGUCUUCUCCGAGAUCUGAUGUAGACAGCGACUCUACGAUCGGUGCAACGCGCGCAGAGCAAGUUUCUGUCGAACUUUCAUCGUCUCCUCAGGUUGAUCACAAUGUCCCAGAUAUCGCGCGCACAUUGCAACGUGCCUCUCGGUUGCCGAGGCGUCCGACGAAUUAUCCAAGUGUCGCUGAACUUGUGAAGAAGUAUCAGGACUAUCUCCCUGCGCGGGGUGUUGAAGAGCUAACGAAAACGGCCCUUCCACCUGCUGCUCUUGUCUGUGAAAGUGGACAGGAGACUUCUACUGACCUUCCGCCCCCGGUGCGGAACAAGUCUCGUCGACGAAUGAUCAACGGAAAAUCGUCUAUUUCGGACUUCGAGUCGAGCUACGCCGUAAACGUCGCGCCCAGAUAUCUCACACAUGCAAGACGUACGCUUGGACCAACGCCAUACAGUGCUCGGAUACCUCCACCUGCAAUUCCAUUCGAGUCUCGUACAACAUCGCGGCGUGCAUCUCCUGACAAGCGCUCUGCGACCUUGCAUUCUAACGCUGAUGCGGCGAAGAUUGACAAGAACUCACCGCCGCUCAGUAGAUUGAAUUCGCUUGCAAAAAGGAGGGGAAAGGCGACGAAUCGUCCCACUGGUAUGGAGAAGGCAACCUCGUCACGCUUCACAGGAGCGGUCGGGUCUAAGUCCACCGUCAAGAAGCCACCAGGGCUGGGAAGCAAGGUUUCCAAUAUCGCCAAGCACUUCGAGCGAAUCAGCAAGGAUACUGAGCGGACCAAUCGUCGGUACAGUGUCAUUCGUGGACGGCGACCCCGUCCUGUUGCAUCAGCCCGUGCAAAGGUGGAGGUUCUCGAUAGCAUCAAAGACGCGAUCCAAGACGAGUCAGAGAGCUCAGACUCUAGCGAAGCCGACGAUGAAGGGGAUGGCGAUGACGAGAUGGGAAAGUCGCCCAAACAGAAUCAGAUGGAAGCAAGUCAUUCAUCGGAGACGUUUGACUCAGGACAAUAUACCCAGCCUAUGAAUGUGCCUCCUCAGAAGGUCACUGCCGAAGUCAUUGAACAUGCACAGCCACAGGACGGAGAGCGGUCCGUUUCUACAGACGGGGAACUCCUACAGACACCCGCGCCUGCUAUUUCAACGCCCAGCUCUCCGAUGUUGACGGCGAUGAACCAUGCACCGAUACCGAUGGCCCCUAUAACUCCUGAACUCGAUGUUGGAUCAACCGGUACCGAACGUUAUUCUAUUCUGAAGACUCUCUCUGGCUUCUGGCCUCAGCAACUCCCGCAGUCUCGCAUUCGUGCAGAUGUAGACGCCGACGACCCGUUAGCAGAUCCUGAGCACAUUUUCCGCGACUCAUCAAUGGUAGUACGAACUGACGAGCCUACAUCGAUCAUUGCUCUCGCUCUGAAUUCCCCACAAUACCGAGAUAUGUUGGCGAAGUCGCGUGCUGAGAAGCGCCAAACGAGAGAGCCGAAGUUGACGGAUGGUGGUGAAGCGUUCAUGCCUGACGACAGAUCAGUCGCUGAAUCAACCUCCACAUGGGGAGUCGUGAACGUAGAUAGUCCCGAGACUUAUGAUCCCACGGAGGAGCUACGGGUUCCCUCGUCGAAGCAGCCGUGGGCUAUAUCCUUCGAGAGUGGAGGAUUGACGAUCGCUUGUACCGUCCUCUAUCCUGAGCAGUUCGAUGCGCUCCGUCGUACGUAUGAUUGUGAACGAAGUAUGAUUGAGUCGCUUGCUCGAUGUGUCAAAUGGAAUGCCAGCGGAGGGAAAUCGGGAUCUGCGUUUCUGAAGACCCUUGACGAUCGCUUCAUUGCCAAGGAGCUUUCAAGAGCAGAACUACAGGCAAUGGAGACCUUCGCGCCAGCUUAUUUUGACUACAUGUCAUCUGCGGUGGUUGCCAAUCGCCCUACACUCCUCGCAAAGAUUUUUGGAUGUUUCAAGCUUACCUUUAGGACAUCCCAUAAGCACCAAGGGCCAAGCAGAGGGAAUGCAACGCAGAUGAACUUGCUCGUAAUGGAGAACCUCUUCUACGAUCGCCGUUUCUCCAAAAUCUAUGAUUUGAAAGGAUCAACCCGGAAUCGUCACGUACAGUGUACUGGUCGAGAAAAUGAAGUACUUCUGGAUGAGAACCUGGUGGAAACUGCGCAUUUGGCGCCCUUCUACUUGCGUGAACAUUCAAAGCGAAUUUUACGGGGUGCUCUUUUCAAUGACAGCAAGUUCCUGGCUGAGAUCAACGUCAUGGAUUACUCUCUCGUGGUCGGUGUUGACAGUCUCAAGAACGAACUUGUAGUAGGAAUCGUUGACUACAUCAGAACCUACACGUGGGACAAGAAACUGGAAAGCUGGGUGAAGGACUCUGCUUUUCUGGGCGGUGCCAACAGAGGGGAGCCGACAAUUAUCAGCCCAAGACAGUAUAGGCAGCGCUUCCUGAGCGCUAUGGAGCGUUACUUCCCUCUGGUGCCUGACCGGUGGAUGAAACAACAUGAUGCUCCUGAAGACGAGGGCAACGCUCUCCUGGAUCUUUGGCCUGACUGGUGA